GUGGAGGAGGACCUGCCGGGAGCUCCGCGUCCCUGACUUGGCCCGACCGGCGCGCUCGCCCGUGGGCCAUGACCAGCAGACCCUGAAUGGGCACCGACCCGGCUCCGGGAACGCGAGGCUCCGCGGCCCCGGCCAUGGGCAACUUCCAGCUGGAAGACUUUGUGGCGGGCUGGAUCGGAGGUGCAGCGAGCGUCAUCGUCGGCCACCCUCUGGACACAGUCAAGGCUCGCCUGCAGGCCGGCACUGGCUACGGGAGCACGCUUAGCUGCAUCCGCACUGUGUACAGGAGGGAGAGUGUGUUUGGCUUCUUCAAGGGCAUGGCCUUCCCCCUCGCCAGCAUCGCUGUCUACAACUCAGUGGUGUUUGGGGUCUUCAGCAACACACAGAGGUUCCUCAGCCACCACCGGUGCCAGGAGCCCGAGGCCGGCUCACCCCGCGUGCUGUCCGACCUGCUCCUGGCCAGCAUGGUGGCUGGCGUGGUCUCUGUUGGGCUGGGUGCGCCCGUGGACCUCAUCAAGAUCCGGCUGCAGAUGCAAACCCAGCCAUUUCGGGAAGCCAACCUCGGUUUGAAGCCCAGGGUGGCUGCUCUUGGGGAGCAGCCAGCCUACCAGGGGCCUGUGCAUUGCAUCAUAACCAUCGUGCGUACUGAAGGCCUGGCAGGGCUGUACCGGGGCGCCAGUGCCAUGCUGCUGCGGGACGUCCCUGGCUACUGCCUCUACUUCAUCCCCUACGUGUUCCUGAGUGACUGGAUUACGCCUGAGGCCCACACAGGCCCCAGCCCCUGUGCUGUGUGGCUGGCGGGCGGCAUGGCAGGAGCAAUUUCUUGGGGGACAGCAACUCCUAUGGAUGUCGUGAAGAGUCGACUGCAAGCUGACGGGGUUUAUGUAAACAAAUACAAAGGUGUCCUGGACUGUAUCUCCCAGAGUUACCAGAAGGAAGGUCUUAAAGUAAGCCCCACAGCAGUCAUGCAGGGUGUUUUUCAGAGGCAUCACGGUCAAUGCCGUGCGGGGCUUCCCCAUGAGCGCGGCCAUGUUCCUUGGGUACGAGCUCUCGCUGCAGGCGAUCCGCGGGGACCACGUGGCGACCAGCCCCUGAGCGCAAGAGCCAGCAUCACCUGACCAGGGCCUCAUUCUGCUACAGCUGAUGCUGAUGGCGGCGUCUCUAGAACCUGUGGUAGCGAAUUUACUGAAGAGAAAGAAUGCCUCCCCGCCGACCCUCAGCCACCCGGUCUUACCUCCGGAAUCCCUGCUUUCCCAGUUGCAAGCACUCUUCCUCACCUCUGGGCUGGGGCCGCUGAGCUCCUGCCUUGGAAGGACCUUUGAUUCAUGACCAUCUAUUUCAGAUCCUCACUGGCACCUGAUAUCAAGCAGGGUCAAAUAGACCCUGCCCCCAAGACUGCUGUAAACUCGCUGGGAAUUCACAGAGGAGCUGGAGUUGUCUCUGAGUUCCAAAAUAAAAACAUUUCUAUAUCAGAUGCUUCCGCCUGGCUUCCAAGAGACUGGCCACCCUCAUUCUUCCCUCUGCUUAGACCCCUGUGGAUGUCACCGGCCCAGAGAGGAGCCCUCUCGACACAGGUGAGGAGAGGAACUCAGAUGGCAAGCUUGCUCCUUUUUCCCCAGCUGCCUCAGGUGGGCAGGGCGGCGGGGAAGCCUUGUAGCAGGUUUCUCUUCCCCGGACAGUGGCAUGCGCGGCUGCAGCAUCUCCGGGAUGGCAGCAUUGAGCGCAGGUCGGGUGGGCGUUCUCUGGGCCUUAUUUUCACAUGGAGGACAAAACAGAACAAAAUGAACUCUUUGUCCACAGUCUGAUUUCCAUUAUGAUGUCAUUAAUCUAAAUUUUACUUCUCCCUGGGACCACGUGGGGAGGCCACUGCUCUUUUGCUGUUAUGUGUCCAUGAUGUCACUGCCACUUCCACGCCCCCAAGAGUGUCCCUAAGCAGUCAUACAGCCCCUUCCUCGUGAGCUGAACGCAGCUCCCGAAUCCUUCUCAACACAGUGCCCUGGGAAGCCGCCACCAGCCAGCGUGAUGCAUCUAUUCCUGGCUUAGAUCCUGGUGGGGAAAAUAUCCUUAGAUUCCCCACCACCACCCUUUUUUUCCCCCUUGAAAGGGCCUUCCUUGAUUUUUCCACUGCCUCCCAUCCCCCCUGAGUGAUUUGGAGAAUGUCUCUGAAAAUCCCCUCCCCCAACAGACCCAGCAUC